GAGGAGGUGCUAGCGUAAUGCAAUGAGUUGAAGCUGGGUUGUUUUGAGGAGUUAAAAGUUGUUCUUUUAACUCUAGUAUCGGCUGACCGUUAAGGCUUUGUGUUUACUUGGAAUUACACAAAGUUGGAAGAAAUGUAGGGACUUUUUGGCCGCCUUUGUCGUUGCCUCACGAUGGAGGAACCUGCAACAAGUGAGUUGGAGAUGUCCCUGUCAGACGGUAACGUUACCUCGGACGACGAUUUGCCUUUAACGUUACCCACAGAUGGCAGCCUCAGUGGAAGCAUCCGAAAGGGAUGUGAUCCUUUCACCCAGACUCAGCGCAGUAAACUGCAGCACCGGCGGGCUCGCAUCAACCAGCAGAUCAACAAGGAGAUGCGCAUGAGAGCCGGAGCUGAGAACCUGUUCAGGGCGACAACCAACAACAAGGUGAAGGAGACCGUGGCUCUGGAGCUCAGCUUUGUCAACUCUAACCUGCAGCUGCUCAAAGAGGAGCUGGAGGAGCUCAACAGCAACAUGGAGGUCUACCAGACAGACAGUGAGGCCAUCAACGUUCCCAUGAUCCCACUCGGAUUAAAAGAAACCAAAGAGGUGGACUUCACAGUUUCUAUCGAGGACUUCAUCUGUGAGCACUAUGGAGAGGACAGCUCUCUCUACGACAAGGAGAUCAAAGAGCUUAUGGAGCUCAGACAGGCCAUGCGUACACCCAGUCGUAACCAGGCCGGUCUGGAGCUACUGAUGGAGUACUACAACCAGCUGUCCUACCUGGACCAGCGCUUCUUCCCUCUACACAGGAACCUGGGCGUGCACUUCCACUGGUACGACUCCCUGACAGGAGUCCCGUCGUGUCAGCGUACAUUGGCCUUUGAAAAAGGAAGUGUGUUGUUCAACAUCGGUGCCCUAUACACACAGAUUGGCGCACGGCAAGACCGCUCUGCAACAGCUGGCAUAGACCGAGCAAUAGAUGCUUUUCAGAGAGCUGCAGGUGCAUUUAAUUACCUUAAAGAGAAUUUCUCCAACGCUCCCAGUUUGGACAUGAGCGGCCCGUCGCUCUGCAUGCUGGUGCGUCUGAUGGUUUCCCAGGUGCAGGAGUGUGUGUUUGAGCGAGUCACACUCACCACCCAGGACACACACUUCACGUCGCAACUCUGCCUGGCACAAGAGGCUGCACGGGUGUCGGACGUCUAUUUGUUAGUGCAGCAGACCAUGACUCAGCCUCUGAUGAAGGACUACGUGCCGUUUUCUUGGGCCUCCAUGGUUCAAGUCAAAUCCGAACACUUCCGUGCCCUCUCGCACUACUACGCUGCUGUUGCACUCUGCGAUCACACGUUGUCUGCUGAAGAGGAGGAGGAGGAGUGUGACGAGGGAGCAGAGAAGGGUUUCCUCCAGUUCUAUGUCAGCAGUCCUGCAGAGCCACCACUCAGCCAGGUGUUACGAGACCCUGAACAAAGAAGAAAGCUUGGUAAGGCUCACCUGCGGCGGGCAGUAAUCAGACAUGAAGAAGCCAUGCGUGUCCACAGUCUGUGUAAGAUCUUGAGGAAGAUGGACAUCCUGCAGGACGUGCUGUCGCUCACACACAAACGCUCUCUGGACAAGUACUCUGAGCUGGACAGAGAGGAUGACUUUGAUGAAACCGCAGAGGCCCCAGAGAUCCAGUCUCAAACCCAUCAGAAACCAGACAUCACUCCAACCAACUUCUCUAAAGUCAAAGUUACUGAUAUAUUCCAAAGACUGGGACCUCUGUCUGUGUUUUGUGCACGGGCUCGCUGGGGUCCGGUACGUGUGAUCUGUCUGCAGAAGAGAGAGGGUGGACUGGGUCUCACGCUCAGAGGAGACUCACCCGUCCUGGUGGCUGGAGUGGUGCCUAGAGGCUGUGCAGAAGAGGCCGGACUAAGGGAAGGAGACUACAUAGUAGCAGUGGACGGAGAGGACUGUAAAUGGGCCAAACAUGGCGAGGUGGUUCAAAUGCUAAAGAGCUGUAGCGAGAGAGGAGUGGAGCUCAGUGUGGUCACAUUACACUCCCAUGAUACACAGCUGGAGAGGAGGGCCAUGUUGCUGUCCCACAGCAGCGAUAAGGAAAACACUCGGCAGCGUCUGCUGAGCGGAGCUAAGGGUCAGAGCUCCGCCUCCUUGUUAAACUGGAACAGGAAGAAGACGAGGGAAGGCGGCGGGGUCACUAAGAGACUAGGAAGCACUUUCAGUUUGUCGUUUGGAAGCAUCCGAGACACUGAGGCCAUGUACUGAGACAUGACUGCAGAGGAGCCACUCAGGGAAUCACAGCAGUGGAGCACAAGGUACGAUCAGGACCGCAUUCAGAGGGACAAUAGCGCUGUACCAGGAAAUAUCAGCAGGAGACAAAAACAACAAAAAAGCACACGGUUUGUCCAGUAACAUUGUUCCUGGCUUCUUUUUAUUGCUACAUCAGUCAAAUGUCCAACUUCGUUGAUUAGCAAAUAUGUGGAAGCAAACAUACCAGGUUAGAACACCUACUAACACGUAGUUUAAUACAUUUUACCUUUCAAGAGUGAAGACCUGGCUAUUGAUGCCAUGAUCAUUUUCCAGAGUCUGAGGAGUGUGCUGUACUCCUGUGUGCUGCCUGGGAGACAAAAGGUGCGUUGAGACAGAACGCAAAGACACUGUUAGAUGUAGGCUGCUAUAGAAUUAUUUUGAGACAGCAAGCCACAGACAGUCAAAGAAUCAUUUCUAAUAUUACUGAACUACAUUGAAGUUUUUUCAGCAAACUACUGAGACUAACACAAAAUAAAAAACAGGUGAUGACGAGCAAAUUAGGAUUCUCACUUGAAAGCAAACGUAGCGUUUAGGUCUUAUUGCACCCAGCUUGCCGAUGUUGCGACGCAGCUGGCAACAUCUUACUGAAAGCUCCUUCACUUAAUUCUUCUUACAUCAUUUACGUUAACCUUACCGUACAUAUGUGUAGUGUAAAGUUGUAAAAGCAAGUUCCAUAUUUCUUGUGUCUUACAGUAUUCUGUAACCUCAGAAGAAAAAUAUAACAGUCCUGUUCAACCACUUAAGUGCUCCAGAUUUGAAUCGGUUAAUUACUGAUCCUGUACAUUGUACAUCUACUAUGAUGGGUCCGUUCUUGGAGAAAUGUUUUUGUUGAUAUUUUUAGAUGAUUAAAGGCACUUCAGAGGUUUUGAUCCAUUGUUUUGUAGUUUUGGUACUUUCAUGCACUGUGAAUAUUGAAAAGGACAAAUCUGUUAAUGUAUUGCAGACUUGAUGUCUCAAUAAUGAACAUGUGAGAGGUUGGGAGUUUUUUGUUUUUUUUUAAAUGAAAUGUGAUACUGGGAGACUGUAGGAAAAGCAUGUGGUGUCCAAAGCGUUGCAUUUUUGUAUUGUGUUGUAUCUAUUGUGUCCUUAAUGGUGUCCAACCACUGUACUGUAUGUUACAGUCAGCCAAUAUUAGAAAACUAGAGAUGAAGAUGUUCAUGGAUUGUUUUUUUCUUCUUUUAAUUAACAUUGUUUGAACUGUUUGUAAAAUUCUGAUAUAACUAGACGUGGGAAUUGUAGCACAUUAAUGUUGAAAAACGAAUGCUGUCUUUUUUUACUUUUCUGAACAAUGUAUGUGCCAUGAUGGUCCAUUGUGAUGAGUACAUACAGCCAGAGGAGACAAAUAAUGAUUUCUCAUGUUUUCACAUGAUCACAACGUAAUUGUGCCGUGAUGCAAUCUCAAAAAAAUUGCAAAGGCGCAGGAUGUUUUUAAUCCUCAUAAUCAUUAAAUUCAUGUUGUGAUCACAAAGUUACUUUCUGGUGAGUCGAAGAAAAAGCUGGUUCACUCUUUCCUCUUCAGCUUUCUGAACGAUGUAUUUGUGCGACUGAGUAAAUAUUUGUCACGACUGUUGUGAAGAGGAAUACGUUUUCCUCUCAUUUGCGUUUUUUUGACUGAAUAUCCGACCAUCCCUUAAUGACUGCAUUUGGGGAUUUGCACAGUAUUGUUUUCAUGUAUAAAUACAAUAAAAGUGAAUAAUGAGCUACUGUCAGCUGCAUCAGUGUGAUUCAGCCCUCUCUACUACCUCAAAAUGAUAGUAAAUGUCUAUUACACACAAAUAUAAUGUAUUAGAUUAUUUAUUCCUUCACAAUGCUACUUUUUAGUUAUUGGUUACUAGCAGUAGUGGUUUGCUGACAUUGCUGGCUUCAUUAGGAUAUUACUGUGUAAGAUUCAGUCCUGUUGUGUGUACAUAUUACUGAAACACAGCAGAUACAAAGAUUUUAAGGUUUGUAAGGUGAUUUAUUAAACAUCCAAUGGGUUUUCAGGGAUAGCUACGAUGCAAAUAAUGUCCUUCUGGUCCAGUGGGAUUUAUUUAUCAUAGAACUGAUGAAUACCUCAUCACUAUCCUGUGGCAACACAUAUGCACAAUGAAGGUGUGUAGCAGAUGAUCAAG